AUGAAUGUGAAAAAAUUAAUCGAACAACGCGCUAAAACAAAAAUUACCAAAGAAAGAGCUGAAUUAACCUUAAUGAUAGCAGCAAUUUAUUCUGAGCAAGGUUGUCAUGAUUCUGCACUAGUGGAAUACAAAAGGUAUCUAGAGAUAUGGGAGACGAAAGAAGACAAUCUCCAAUGUGCAAUAGCUAACAGAUAUCUAGCCGAAUGUUAUAUUGAAUUGUGCGAUUUCACGCAAGCAAUUAUUCAUACAAAUCGAUAUCUUCAAUUAUCUCAAAUUUGCGAUAAUAAAAUGGAACAACAAAGAGCCUAUGUCACACUGGGCCGAUGUUUUUUGAAUCGUGUAGACACUUUAAAAGAUGGUCCUUUAGUUGUUAAAAGUUUAAAAUCAGCUAGUCAAGCACUAGUGAAUAGUAUAAAACUUAUUAAAGAUUUAUCGGGUAAUUUGGACGCGAGGAGUUCUGCUGAAAUGCGUGCUGUAUCACUGCUCAACCUUGGUCAUGUUGAACGUGCACAACACAAUCAUAAUGCAGCUUUAGAAAGUUUUACCCAGUGCAUUACACUAGCACGAAAGCAUAGCUUACAGAAAAUUCUAUUUCGUGCUUCAUAUCAAGCUGGUGAAAUGUUAAUGAAUCAAAUCUCCGCGCAUGCCUUUAAACCAUACUCUCGGUCAGUAUUCCUUCAAUUGAUUAAACAGAGUGGAACAGAAAAAGCCUUGGAGAUUGUUCGAUCUGCACUCUCCUCACCUUUAGCAAAACCGUAUGUGGAUAAUGAGGCUAAACUUUUGUGUGCAAAUCUAAAAGAGUUAUUAGCUCAGAUAUAUCUUUGUGACGGGAAUAGUCGUAAAGCGAUCAAGAUAUUUCGUUUGCUAAAGAUAGAAUCCCCGACUGCCUCGAAACAGUAUGCUAAAAUGAUGAAGAAAAGUUUUCGACUUAUGAAUCUAUUCAACGAAAUGCCAAACGAGGUGUCUACUACGAAUGACUUUAUUGUAUCUUCUCGUACUCAUGAGAAAUUAGGCGAUCUUUAUGCUGGAAUCGAUCUACAAGGCUGUGCACUAAGGCAUUAUCAAUUCAUGCUUGGAUUUUCAGAACUGGCUUAUAAACAGCAUUCUACACCAGGUGUUGUUGUUCCUGACGAUAUUGUUAAAUUAGUCGAUGCUGCUUUAAUAUCUAUCGCUGAAACAUAUCGUGCACUUACUUACUAUGACCAAUGUGUAGAAAUGUAUAGGCGUGAAAUUCUAUGGGCUACAUCAACUGGUCUAUCUACAAGUGAUAUGGUUACAAGUUGGUUGAGUUUAGCACAGGCUCAACGUUUAAUCCCAAACACCAAUACUUCUACUAUUCAGCCAACAGACACUUCUUCUUCUUCUUUGGAAACUAAUCAGAAGAUUACUUUGAAUGGUUCAGAGACUGUAUUGGAUUCAUUAUUGUCUGCGCACAAAACUUCUAAACUUGUUGGUUCUACAUCUUUAAUUGGUGAUUGUUUAAGAGAAUUGUUGGAUUACUAUGAACAGUACAACUAUACAGAGAAAGCUUAUAAAAUACGUGAGGAAUUGAAAAAAAUUGACCAAGCAACCUGUUCACAAGCAGAAAAUGAAAAAGAUCAAGGGGAUGCUGAUGAAGAGGAGGAGGAAGAAGAAGAAGCUGCAGCAGAGAGUGAUAAAAACACUUCAACUGAUAAUGAUGAUGAUGACGAUGCUGUAACUCAAUUCUUGGCAUCCCUUUCAUCAGAUUCAGAACUUGAACAGUGUAUUGGCAAUACUGAGCUUAUCGAUGAAUUUCAAGACGGCAGUCGAAGUAAAAAGUCAGGGAAGGCGAUUUGUUUAAAAACUAAUAUGAAAGGUGAAACACCAUUACACGUGGCUGCAAUCAAUGGGGAUAUGGAACAUGUAGUGAAAUUAAUCGAAGUUUUGGGUCAUCCAGUUAAUGUUCCAGAUGGUGCUGGCUGGUUACCGAUUCAUGAGGCAGCAUUUCACGAUAGAUCAGAGAUUGCAACUUAUCUACUUGAUCGUGGAGCACGUCUAGAUGAUCCAGGCUAUCCAGAUGACUAUUCAACACCAUUAUUUGAAGCUGUUCAUAAUGGUAGUUUGACAACUGCAUUGAUUUUUGUUAACAGAGGUGCUAAUCUCUGGCAUAAGAAUAAACAAGGUGAAUAUUUGCCAAAUUUAUUAGAUCAAUGGGAACCAACACGUCAUGCAUCGGGGACAUUUGCUGAACAACGCGUAAAAUUUAAUGAAUUGUUAACAGCUAUUAAAAAUCGACUUGGAGAUGAUUAUGAUCGUUGGUGUAAUCUUAAGCGAGAAAUUUUCGAAGUUGAUCAUUCAUCUCCUGAAUCUGAUUCACCUGAAUUAGUCAAACAACAUUCAACAUGCCGUUCAAAUCGUCGAAAAUCAUCAAAGCAUUAUUCAUCUUCACUAUGCGAUAUCGAAGAAAAAACUAAAUCGAUACAAUCAUCAAAUGUGAAUAAAGCGAAAUCUUUACGUGGUCGGAAUUGGAAAGAUUUACUUGUUGAUUUGGAUGAAGAUUGUCAGUCUGCGUCACCUGUGGUCAAUUUGAAGAAAUUAGAUGUGGAUGCUGUGGAGUCAUAUAAAGCAGCUAUAAAAGCUGUUGGCAGUUCAAAGCCAGUUUUUACUGGUAAACGUCAUUCCCUUUGUGAUCUAGACACAUCAGAAACACGAAAACGUAAGAAAAAGACAAAUGUUGUAGAUGCAGAUGACAAUGAUUGGUUAGUUAUAGACGAAAAGCCAACUGGAUCUAGAUCUGUGUCAAAUGCAAAUGUCAAGGGUCAUUUUGAAACGUUGAGUGUGAAACGUGGUAAAUCGAAAUCUACUGUUUCUGACAAAAAUCAAUCUCAGGAAGAAGUGAUUGAGUUCUCACCUCAUCUAGCCUUUACUUCUACACAAAAUGAAAAUGUAUCAGCACAACCAACGGCCAAUAAUCGUGUACAUUCACUGAAAUCCACUUCUACACCAAUUAAAGACAAAAAGAUUUGA